UGCUUGGGCCGGGCAGUCCUGCAGAGGCAGUGGAGAGGAGACAGAGAAAAAACAAGUGGGAGAGUUACAGACAAUAUGCCUGGCAGGUGGAGUCUCCCACCGCGCUUUGUUAUGGAAUGCAGGACUUUGGAAAGAGGGAAUAAACCACAUUGAAGAAGAAGCUAUGUCAGCUCCGGGUCGGCUGAUUUGAACAGCAAGAGCCAUGAAGAGCCCGGUAGUUUAUGGCAACCCAGUCAUGUUUGGUCAAGUGGAUUGGAACUAUGCAGCAGGUCCUCCGAUACGGAGAGGGAAGAGUGUGGAGGAGCUGGGGGAUGCUGGCUGGGCCAGAGAAAGGGAGAGGAUGGCCCAUGUGCAGCAGAUUCAACACAUACAUCAGCUGCAGCUUCAGCAGCAACAGGUUGGAUAUCCUGGGUAUGGAGUCGUUCCUCCUGGCCACCCGCAGGGACCAGUCCUAGUGGCAAACCCUGGUGACCCACUUCCAGCUCCAGCUUACCCUGUGCCAGUACAUGGUGGCAUGAUGGUACCUGUAGGUGGCCCAGUACCACCUCCAGCGCAUGUGGCAGCUCCAUGGCCAGUACAGUGGGACAACCAGGCCCAAAUCAGACAGGGCAAUGUCAGCCGCCAGCUCAGCUGGGAGUACGAUGAUCGACACAAGGCAGCUGUUCAAGACAAGAGGCUUCAAGGCCAUGACGUUUACUUCCACCCUCGUUCAGAGAAUGGUCACCUGGACUUGAAGAUAUCUGAAUGGAAAGGUAAACACUGCUUUUACCAGGGCCCUGAGGAUUACAGCCAACAGGACCACAACAGAGUGCCACAAGAAAAAGACAGUAAUGACUUCAGAAGUCAAGAAGAGUAUGGUAAAUUGGAGGAGGACAGAAGAAGAAGGGACGGUUAUGUUAGAGAAAAUGACCAUAACUCUGAACGUUAUGACCAUCGGGUCCACAGGGACUCAGAGGAGUACGAUCAUAAUGACAGAUACCGGCACAGGGACCAUUAUGACAGAAAAUAUGAUGAGCGAUACGACGACAGGGAGAGGCAAUAUUAUGACACAAGGAAACACCGUAAACCUGAGCUCAGAGAACGUGACAGUUACAAUAGUGAGUAUGAAGACUACUAUGAUCAUAAAGACAGCCAUUCUCGCAGAGACAACUACAGGGACGGUGAUCACUACAAUGACCAUGACAGGGAUUAUUAUGACUCUAAGGAGGGUCACCGCUCCAGAGAGAAGGACCACUACCAGCGUAGAGAGGAGGACCGCUACCAUGAUGAACGAAAACAAAGAGACCAGCACUAUGACCGGCGUGCAGAGGAUCAAUAUGAACGAAGAGAACAUAAGUACAAAGACAGGGAAGCUUAUAGCCGAAGGAGUGAGGAAACGUACAGCAGCAAAGGAAGGGCCCAGUAUGACUCUGAAGUUGAUGAGCACUGGGGAUAUAAGGAGAGGGACCGGCAUUACAGAUACAAGGAUGCAGGAGAUGACAGGAGAGAUGAGCAGUACAACCACAAACAGAGGGACUAUAAAGCAAGAGACCGCUAUGAGCGGAGGGCCGUGGACCACUAUGACCACGAGAACGAGGACCGCUAUGAGUCCAGAGAAGUGGAACAUUCCCCUUACAAGUCCCGGGACAGAUAUCGAGAUUUACGCUCAUUGUCCAUAGACUCGCGGGAUGAGGAGUACCCUAAUAAAGGCCGCAAGACGCACUGUGAGGAGUGGGUUGAGGAGCAGAACCAGAAGUUGGCGCUCGGGGAAAUACACUCGUUUGAGGAUCCUGUUGUGUAUCGGGACAGAGAAGAGCAGGAAAAGGGAUAUGAGUCGAGCGCUGGGAGCGUAGGUUCAAAACGGGGCUGCAAGCCCGUUUAUGUGGGCUCUCUGGAUCGUAACAGCUUCUACAGGAAGACGGCGCCGAGCUCCCUGCAGAAGUCCCAGUUUGCCACCACCAGGAAAAAGAAACAAGAGAUGACGCUUUUAUCUUCCCAACCCAAACCUCUGGACUCGUCGCCGGCCUCGGACGCGACUCCCACCUCCGGCACGGGCGCUGAGGAUCCUGAGCUGAGGAUGCUGGAGAAGAGGUCGAAGGUGAUCGAGGAGCUGCUGCAGACGGAGAAGGACUACAUCAAAGAUCUGCAGAUGUGUGUCGAGGAGAUCAUCGAGCCUCUGCAGAGGAAGCAGGUGAAGCAUGUGGACUUCGAAGGGCUGUUUGGCAACAUCGGCUCCGUGAUCGACUUGUCGCAGCGGCUGUUUGACUCGCUGAAGGAGACGGACUCUACAGGAAAGGUAUUUCUGGACUUCAAAGACGAGCUGGAGGAGGUCUACAAGAUCUACUGCCAAAACCACGACGAUGCCAUCUCUCUGCUGGAGAGCUACGAGAAAGACGACAACAUCCAGCAACAUGUGUUGGAGUGUCUGGAGAGGCUGAGGGCCAUAUAUCGCGAGUGGGGUAAAACAAACUACAUCAACCUCGGCUCUUUCUUGAUCAAGCCGGUGCAGCGGGUGAUGCGGUACCCGCUGCUGCUGAUGGAGCUGCUGGGAGCGACGCCGGACAGCCACCACGACCGGCAGCAGCUGACUCAGGCUGUGCAGGCCGUCAAGGAGAUCAACGUGAACAUCAACGAGUACAAGCGGCGGAAAGACCUCGUGGUGAAGUACAGGAAAGGGGACGAAGACACGUUCAUUGACAAGAUCUCCAAGCUGAGCAUGCACUCCAUUAUCAAAAAGUCAAACCGCGUCAGCAGCCACCUCAAGCACCUCACGGGGAUUUCACCGCAGAUUAAAGACGAAGCGUUCGACGAGGCUGAGAAGAAGUUCAGACUGCAGGAGAGACUCAUCAAAUCCUUUAUCAGGGAUAUUUCCUUGUACCUGCAACAUAUUAGGGAAUCAGCAUCUGUGAAGGUCUUGGCUGCCAUCAGUUUCUGUGACAUCUACACAGAGCGCAGCGUGCUGGACCCCGAGCGCUUCCAGAGAGCUCACCGCUGCAUCAGCGACAAGCAGUUCACGCAAUUUAGGGAGCGCACCGAGGCCUUAGUCAUCAACCCGCUCACCCAGCUCCUCCUCAUGUUCGCCGGGCCCCACAAACUCAUCCAAAAACGCUUCGACAAGCUGCUGGACUACGACAACUGCAAGGAGCGAGCCGACCGCCUCAAGGACCGGCGCGUCCAGGACGAGCUGCAGGCGGCGCGGAACAACUACGAGGCGCUCAACGCCCAACUUCUGGACGAGCUGCCGAAGUUCCACGGUGCGGCGGAGGAGCUGUUUACAGGCUGCGUGAGGGCCUUCGCUCAGGCCCAGAAGGACUUCAUGAAGACGACGCUGGGAGAACUGAAGCCCCUCCUGCAGGUUUUUUCUAACCGAGUGGGCACAGAGGGAAACCUGAUUGCACAGUUUCAAGACGAGUACAGUCGAGUCCUCCAGCUUCUUCAGAGUUUUAGCUUCUGCCCCGAGAACCUGCCUCCAGCCACAACCACGAAAAAGACCUUCGAGAAGAAAACUCUGGAGAAGCAGACCUCUAAAAAGCAGCUGCAGGGACCUCCCAACUACAUCAUGCAGACGGACGAGCACCGUGCAGGACUGUUGGUACGCUACGGGCCUGAGAAACUUUUCCAGGCUGAGAGGAACUUUAACGCUGCCCAGGAUCUGGAUGUUUCUAUCCUAGAGGGAGAUCUGGUGGGUGUGAUCAAGCAGCAGGACCCCAUGGGCAGCCAUAACCGCUGGCUGAUUGAUAACGGAGUCACCAAGGGUUUCGUGUACAGCUCCUUCCUCAAACCCUACAACCCACGCAGGAGCCACUCGGACGUGUCCAUCGAGAGCCAGUCGUCCAACGAGUCGGGCUACGGCGGCUCCUCCCCCGUUUUCUCCCGCCAGAACAGCAACAGCACGCUGACCUUUAACCAGGAAAUGGCCACCGUCAGCUUUUCCACAUCGCAGCCCCAAAGCCACUCGUCGCCGCACCCGUCGCUGGACUCCGCCUCGUCUCGCAGGAGUCACCUCAGAGAUGCACCCAACCCCGAGUCUGUCAGUCAGACCAACUCCAUAAACUCCUCGCCGCGCAAUCCCUCAAACCGCCGGGACUUUACAGACCAAACGCACCGGAACAAUCCCAGCAGCCACCGAGAUGCAGAGCCUUCGUACCGGCACUCGGGCAAUCACAGAGACUCGUACGAUACGAGUUAUGGAAGCGGACACAAGGAGACGUCGGACCUCUCCGAGACGGACUCUUGCUCCUCGCAGAGAAACAAUCGUGCACAACGGUAUGGACACACAGAGAAAAGUUACAGCUCAUAUCAGUGGAGGAACGGAGAUAGUAGCAGCCAGAAGAAGUCUACCUACUCCAGAGAGGAGUACAUUGAGCCGGAGCCGGAGCCGGAACCAGAACUCGACAGUGAACUGGACGGUCAUCAGAUUUACUACGCUCUCUACUCCUUUAAUGCCCGCUGCGCCAAUGAACUGAGCAUCUCAGCCAAUCAGCAGCUGCGGAUACUCGAGUUCCAGGACAUGAACGGCAACAGCGAGUGGUGGCUCGGCGAGGCAGGGGGUCGACGAGGAUAUGUGCCUUCCAACUACAUCCGCAAAUCAGAAUACACCUGAACGAGUGGCAUCUUUAUGGAUGAUGCAUGAGACUGUACUCCAACUUUACUUUGUGAGCAGAAGGAACAAAAAGACGAACAAACAUCUGGACACGCUGUGACUUAUUUUUGACUUGUUGUCAUGGAGUUUGAUAGUGGGAAGGACUGACUAGCGCAGCAAACUCUGCUCCUGAAAGUUAGCAACAUAUGCCUAUAUUUAUAGACUGUUUUUUUUAUAUUGUUUUUACUUACUGGAAACUGCACACUACCCUCCUUGUUUCCAAUGAAAAACCUGUGAAUUGCACCAGAUUUCUUUUUGCCAUAUUCUCUGGUUCUAAAGACAAUGAAAUGUAGGUUGAAGAGACUCUUACAGGAUGGAAAUGUGAAUGUUUUGGGUUCAGUCUGGCUCAUUUAAACCAACAUCAAAUGGUUUGCAGACAGACUGACCUAAACACUGUGUUAAUGACUUAUUUUCCUGCAUGUGGUUUAUGAAUAUGACAUGAAUUGACAUCAUACAGUUCAACAAUCAAAGUUUGAGGCACUUAUGAUGGUUUCAGAUUUGAAGAGUCUGCAUAGGCUUCAACACGAGUUUGGAGUGUUGCGUGAGAUUAACAUGGACCAUUUGCAUUCAAAUCGAGGACAAAGUUAAAAGGCAUAUUACAUAUGGUUUACAAGCACUCCUUCUGAACUUUGUCAAUAACCUGAAUACAUUUUUUUUUUUACUGGGUUUACUGUGUAAACAGGCGAUGACCCACUUUCCUGCAAGAGGAGGCUAACGAACAGGGAGAUAGUGUUCUGAUGUAAGUCUCCUCCACAUGUACAUUAAAGGCUAUAUAAUGCUGUAUAUUGAGAAUAUGCAUAUUGCGCCCACUGUAAAGUGAUCACUGUUUGAAUAAAAAGCGGCCCAGCUGACAAAUUACGACAA